AUGCAUGAUAGGUUUAAUGAAGUGUCAACAAUACUAUAUGCCAAGAGACUUUUCCAACAAAUUUUGGUCGAUGCAUACACCAUGGUUGAAUCCAGCAGGUUGUUGUUUAUUAGGAACAAUCAAAAGGCUUUAAGGUGUGAAGCCUACAAAGGACUAUCCGAUGCAUUGACUAGAGGUGAAGUGGAUACAACCCGUCAAGGUAAACGAAUCAUCUUACCAUCAAGCUUCACAGGCGGGGCUAGGUACAUGAUUCAGAAUUACCAGGAUGCGAUGGCGAUAUGUAGACACAAGGGAUAUCCAAAUUUGUUUAUAACGUUUACCUGUAAUCCAAAGUGGCCAGAAAUACAAAGGUACUUGAAAAAAUGUCAGCUGAAGGCUGAAGACAUACCUGAUAUUGUAUGUAGGGUCUUCAAAAUGAAGCUUGAUUGUUUGGUUAAAGAGAUAAGGGCAGGUCAUCUCUUUGGUGUUGUCACAGCAGUUGUCUAUACUAUUGAAUUCCAAAAGCGUGGGUUACCACAUGCCCACAUUUUAAUCUUCCUUGAAAUAGUACAAAGCUUAUCCACAGCCGCAUGCAUGGACAAUUUCAUUUCUGCUGAAAUUCCAGACAAAGAGGAAGAUUAUGAGUACUACAAAGCUGUAGAAGAAUUUAUGAUUCACGGACCAUGUGGACUACACAAGACUACCUCUCCAUGCAUGGUGAACAACAAGUGUUCUAAACACUUUCCGAAGAAAUUUGUUGAGGUUUCUUCUUGGGAUGCUGAAGGAUACCCAAUAUACAAGCGUCCUGAUAAUGGUAGAUUUGUGCAAAAGAAUGAGGUCCAAUUAGAUAGUCGAUACGUGGUUCCACAUAAUAGAUACCUACUUCUCAAAUACAAAGCACACAUCAAUGUUAAAUGGUGUAACCAGUCGAGGUCAAUCAAGUACCUCUUCAAAUAUGUAUCUGCAUGCGAAGCUGCAUGGAGGCUCCUUAGCUACGACGUCCAAUUCAGGCAACCUCCCGUAGAACGACUUAGCUUUCACUUGCAAGAUUGUCAAUCUAUUAUAUUUGAGGACGAUGACAAGAUAGAAGAUGUUCUCAACAGACCCACGAAGGAUAUCAGACAGUGGCAUCCACGGAAAAGGGGAUUCGCAAUUGGUCGCAUCUUUUAUGUCCCUCCGGGAAGUGGUGAAAUAUAUUAUUUGAGAUGUCUGUUGAAUGUAGUUCGGGGUCCUACAAAUUUUGAAGACAUCAAGACCUUUCAAGGUGUCACAUAUCCGACUUUUCGAGAUGCAUGCUAUGCAAGGGGUUUGUUAGACGAUGAUAAAGAAUACAUCGAUGCAAUCAAUGAAGCAAGCGAGUGGUCUACUGCAAAGGCAAUGAGAAGACUUUUUGUAAUUUUAUUAACGUCCAACUUGGUGAGUAGACCUGAAAAUGUUUGGAAUGCAGUAUGGCAUCACCUUUCAGAAGACAUGCAAUACAACAGACGAACAGCCUUGCAGGAUAAAGAUAUUUGUUUAUCGGAGGAGGAAAAAAAGAAUUUAGUAUUGAUUGAAAUUGAGCGACUGUUACAGUUAUACAAUAAGUCUUUGAAAGAUUAUCCUCAAAUGCCAAUUCCAAACUUUGACGAUUCAUGGUUAGUUCAUAAUCGUUUGGUUUUUGAAGAGAUGGCUUACGACCGUGCUGCACUAGGUAAGGAGACCGAACAAAUGGAGGAGCAGCUAACUGAUGAACAAAGAGUGGUUUAUGAUACUGUUAUCAAUGAUGUAAGCCAAAACAUGGGUGGUCUGUAUUUCGUUUAUGGCUAUGGAGGUACAGGAAAAACAUUUGUUUGGAAUGCAAUAUCAUGCAAGAUCCGAUCCAUUAGAGAUAUUGUAAUAAAUGUUGCGUCAAGUGGCAUCGCAUCACUGUUACUACCUGGAGGAAGAACAACACAUUCUAGGUUUGCAAUACCAAUUGUGUUAACAGAGGACUCCACAUGCAACAUCAUUCCUGGCAGCCAACUUGCAGAACUCAUGACUAUGGCUAAACUUAUUAUAUGGGAUGAAGCACCAAUGAUGCACAAACACUGUUUUGAAGCUCUAGACAGAACUAUGCGCGAUCUAAUGAGAUCAAAAGAUCCUCACAGUGAGGGGAAAACCUUUGGAGGAAAAACAGUUGUAUUUGGAGGUGACUUUAGACAAAUACUGCCAGUCAUUCCUAAAGGAUCUAGACAAGAUAUUGUCCAAGCAACAAUAAAUGCUUCUUAUCUUUGGGCAACAUGUAAAGUACUUAGGCUGACCAAAAAUUUGCGACUAAAUACCAUGCAACCUGGGGUUAAUAUGCAACAAGUUCAAGAAUUUGCAACAUGGUUAGCUGAUAUUGGUGAUGGCAAAGUCGGAGGACCCAACGAUGGUUAUGCAAAUGUGCAAAUCCCUUCUGAGAUGUUAUUGCCAUCAUCUAGUGACAAUAUAUCAACAAUUGUUGAUACCAUAUUUCCAUUGUUCAAGGAAAGGGGAUGCGAUGAAGAGUACAUGAAAAGCCGUGCCAUACUAGCUCCAACACUUGAUGUCGUCAACGCCAUCAAUGAAUAUAUGAGUGACUUACAUAUUGCUGAGAGUAAGACUUACCUCAGUUGUGACACGGUAUGUAAAUCAGACUCAAGUAAUGGUGUACUUUCUGAUAUGCAUACUCCUGAAUUUCUAAAUGGUCUGAAAGCCUCUGGCAUACCAAAUCAUGCAUUAACGUUAAAGGUUGGAUCACCAAUAAUGCUCUUGAGGAACAUAGAUCACGCACUUGGACUUUGCAAUGGAACAAGACUAGUGAUUACAAGGUUAUCUAAUCACGUUGUUGAAGCAAAGAUUGUAACUGGGAACAAUGCUGGUGAGAUUGUUUUGAUACCAAGAAUGUCAAUGACACCAACUGAUAUAAGGACACUUACAAAUGUUCGGUAUAUUCCUGAUUUGAAACGCAAUCUGAUAUCCUUGGGUACCUUGAAAUCUCUGAGGUGCAAGUACAUAGCUGAAGGUGGAGUUCUGAAUGUUAUAAAAGGCUCUCUUGUUCUCAUGAAAACUUCUCGUUCUGAAAGCUUGUACGUGUUGCACGGCAGUACUAUGACAGGUUCAGUUGCAGUAUCAUCAUCAAUGUCUGAUGCUGAUCUCACUCAACUAUGA